CACGGCUUCCGUUUGCAGGAUUAGGUUAUGGGAGGGAAGUGCUACGCUGCGCUCAGUGUACUGCCCUACGGACUGGGAGGUCGAGGUAGUUGGGGAGAGACGUGCAGCUUGGCCUGCCUGUGACAGGGGUUGAGCCCGCGGUUUCAGCGUUGACACGACGAAACAGAACACUGUCACACCAUUCCCUCGCUGACACUUCCCCUUCCACUUUCCAGGGUCAUGUACAGCCUCGGCAGCCUGCUAGGCCAACUCCGGACAGCCCUCUUCCCCAGACUGCAGGAUAAGUUUCUCCAAGUUGCAUGCAGUGGAGCACGUCAGCAGCUCGGGUCGUGGAACAGUGGAGCUAAGCCAGCUGCGCAUAGCCUUUCUUUGGAAGCCAGUCGCUGGGUCCACAGAUUUGUAGGAACUUCCACGGGACCCCAGCAGCAAGGUGGCACUUUUUAUGAAUUCCGCACCUAUGCCAUACAGCCAGGGAAGAUGGCUGACUUUUUAAAGCUAACAGGUGAUAAUAUUCACCUGCGCACCGCCCAUUCAGAGCUGGUUGGCUAUUGGUCUGUAGAGUUGGGGGCUCUCAAUGAAGUCUUACAUAUAUGGAAAUAUGGUAGUUAUAAGGAGCGGAUUGCAGUGCGAGAAGCUCUGGCAAAUGAGAAAGAUUGGCAACAGUAUUAUAUUUCAAAAAUGGUCUCACUGGUCACCAAGCAAACAAAUGAAAUCACCUACCUGGUACCUUGGGCACAGAUGUAUACACCAUCAAAACCAGGUGUAUAUGAAUUAAUAAGCUAUCAGAUGGUGCCAGGCGGACCAGCUGUGUGGGGAAAAGCCUUCCAGAAAGCAGUGAGUGCACACGAGCACGUUGGAUACUGCAAGUUGAUUGGGAUAUUCCACAGCGAAUUUGGCAAACUCAACAGAGUCCAUGCCCUGUGGUGGUAUGAGGACUGCGAUGCACGAGCAGCUGGAAGGCGCAGGGCUCACGAGGACGUCAGGGUGGUGGCAGCAGUGAGGGAUAGUGCAACAUACCUGAUGACCCAGAACAACAGACUUCUAAUUCCUACACCUUUCUCGCCUCUGAAAUGAUUCCACAUACUGAAAAUACCUUCUUGUUUUCUUCUGAGAGAGAAGUUGACCUACAGAAUUCUAGAGUCUUUCUUUGAGGCUUGUUGAUGAACACUUUGCUUAGGCAAUGAUUUAUAAUUUAUAUUCAUAAUAGUGUGUACUGAUUAGAUUAAACAUUAAUUGUAAUUUGUCGUUCUGUGAAAUCUUUUGCAUUUUCCAUUAAAAUUCCUUGAAAUAU